CAGCUGACAGAGAUAGACAAGAGAGAGGAGGGAAAGAUAGGGGAUGAGACAGGGGACGAAUGGAGAAAAGGAGGCAGUUUUAGGAACCUGUUUCUGUGGCCCUUUACUACUGAAAGGGCUGGUGACCUGGGAUUGUUCUCUUAACUAUCUGUGUGUAACAUAGUCGUGUAAAAAUUACAGAAAGAAAAAAGAAACGUAACUUUUGUUGUUUCGUCACAUCAAACUACCCGAUGGCUAUUACACAGGCAGUGCUCCCCUCCUUCAGCUCCUUCACCAACAUCGCUCACUCCAGUGACAGUAUGGAAGUGUGGAAAUCUGAAAGUAACGCUCUUUCUCUGGAUUGUCUGAACAACAAAAUGUCACCAUGCAGCUCUGAGCAGCAGCAGGUUUCUCAAAAAAUGACUGAAGAACUCCUGGAUGAUGACAGCCAGGCAUCCUGGGAUAUUGAGUUCCUGUUGUCUGACUGGAGCAGCCCAUCACCGGACCUCAACCCCUCCUUGGACAACAGUGAUCAACAACUUCCACAGUUAGACCCAAACAAAGCAUACCGAGAAGCAGCCAUGUAUAAAGACCCUCCAGCACAGGAGCAUCUGCAGAUGAACUGUGGAGGCCACAUGGCGGAGCUUCUGUCCCCUGCUGAAACCACAGCAGUAGUCCAGCCUGAGCUGUACCUCCAUGGUUAUCAUGACAGCCAGAGGGGUGUGUCUGAAUUUCCCAUUGUUCCCAAUAGAGAUCAAUUUGGCUACUCCCAAAGUGGCAGCGUGGGGAGGCACAGUGAAGGAAACCAUAGUAAAGUCUUAUGUGACUUUAACCCUUUCUAUCAACCACCCUCAAUGGUGACCUUCCCAGACAGCAAGUUUAUACCACCACAUGUUGUGACCUCUGACCCCCAUCUCUACGGCUACACUCCAGACUUUACCCACAAUGGUAACCUUUAUUGUGACUACAACCACUGCCAGGUAACAGGCCAUCUGCCCCUGCUGAUUGGAUCACAGCUGCCCCCUAGUGGCAUGGAGGGAAAGCGUGGGCGGAAGCCCAUAGGGAAAAAGAGGCCCGCCAUCCACAGCUGUGAAUACCCAGGCUGCAGCAAGACCUACACCAAGAGCUCACACCUUAAGGCCCACCUCCGCACCCACACAGGGGAGAAGCCUUACCACUGCUCCUGGGAGGGCUGCAGCUGGAAAUUUGCCCGCUCAGAUGAGCUGACUCGGCACUACCGCAAGCACACAGGCCAAAAACCCUACCAGUGUCUGCUCUGUCAGAGGGCCUUCUCCCGCUCUGACCACCUGGCCCUGCACAUGAAAAGACAUGCUUGAUGCUCACACAUACAUCCAUGAUCACAAAACGCUUCAAUGAAAAAAUAUAUAGCCUAUAUAACACAUUAUUUAAAGUGUAUUCCUAUUAUUAUUUAACUGGUUAACAUACAGACAGAGCAGGAACAGGACCAGGAUAACUGACGACACUGCAAGUAGUAAAAUAGUAGCAUAUAUCAUUGUGUAAGUGCUCCUCUGUGGAUCUUCAACAUUUGCUUCUAUACUUAACAAUUACAUUUAACAAAGUAGUUACUCUUUUCAAGAGACUUUGCUCACAGAGCACACAUCCAGUCUGGAUGGAUUAAAAAAAUUAACUUUUCCAUUUAAUCUAAAAGGGUCAGUUCAAGAACAGGCCCAUAAUGUAGACUUUUAGCAGCAUCUUAUAGCAUUCUUUUGGCGAUAAAGGGCACUGACAUGGUAUCCACAGUGGACAUGUAGACAGCAAACAUCAACACUAAUAAUGGACAUAUGACACAUGUUUGUAAUAUUGGAGUACAAUACAAUACAUGGUCUAUCCUGUAUAACUCACAAAUUCUUAACCACAACAAGACAGCAGCGAUGCAACAUCACUGCAGAGAUAAUCAGAUAUCUUUGAUUUAUUUCUAUUACAGCUAUUAAGAAUUUUUAUUGUAAUGUAUAAAAACUUAAAGGAUAUGAUGACUUUAAUUAUAGAAUUGAAGCAGGUUUUUUUUGGUUCUUAACUUUUUUUUUUUGUUUCUUUGGGGGUUUUAAUUUAAGGAAAAUUAAGCUGUUGUAUCAGCUUAGGGUUAGGGUUAGGCUUAGGGUCUCAUCAAGCAGAUUUUAAAACUGUAAAUAAUUUGCAGCUUUAACUGUUCUUUAUUAUCCUCUACAAAGAGCAGCAUAUUUAUUAAUACAACCCUAAAAUGACUGGAAUAUAUGUUUGUAAAAUGUUUAUAUAUUAUCAAAUGUGUUUAAAGUAAUUUGACUAUUGUUUUCAAUGACACGAUUCUAAUAAAAAAAAAGACCUCU